ACUUGCAGCGCUCUCCCCUGGCCGCAACCUGGUCCUCCUAGCCGGGGAUGCAGCGCCUUGCUCGGGCAAAAGUCGGACGAGCGGCUGGGCUCUCAUCCGCAGUGGACCCAUGAAAGACAUCUGACACAAGCACAGAUGGGAUGAAAAUGCGGCGGCACAGGGUGUUCUUGCUGUGCACGGUGGGCCUGUGCGUCAUCUCCUUCCUGCACUACUACAAGGCCCUCCACUAUGUGUCAUUAUUGCGCGAGCUCUCUGCGCCGUACCCCAACAUCAAGUCCUUCAUCAUGGUCACCGGGUUCUUCUGGCAGGAGAAGGGAGCCGGGACCGGGACGCCACUCGGCACCGCGUCCCCCGAGGAGCCGCCCCCGCUGCCGGUCCUCCGUCCGUCCAAGGCCAGAGGGGGCGCUCUGGUGGGGCUGGCGGCAGAGGGGGACGGGGUGGCGGAGGUGGAGUUGGCGGGGACCGGCGCUAUGGGCAGCGCGGGACUGGAGAUGAGGAUUAGGGAGGUGCCGGCGCCUCCUCGCCCUUGGAAGGAACCGGAUGAGAACCUAAGGGAGGAUGUUCCACCUCAGGUGCAACAGGAAGACCACCUUCCUCCACGGAAUCCCACUCACCCACCCCCACAACCCGCCCACCCGGCAUCGCCCCUCAAGGCCGGACCACCUUCGGACCCGUCCGAAUCCUUGGGAGACCUGCACACACGCACUUACCUGCUGCAGGACGACAAGACGUCGUACUUUGCUAGAACCCGAGCCGGAGCGCUCUGCUUCCGGCGGGGCACCGAGCGGGCGGCGUCGGGGAGGCCGGCCGCCCCGGUGCCGUCGGGCAACGGAAACCUCUGGAGGUCCAGCAGCAGUCUUCUAUCGCCCCCAAAUCCAAGACCAGGGCGACGCGGGGGCAGGCGGCUAGUGAAGUGCGUGUGCCGGCCCGGGUGGCACGGACCCUACUGCGGGGUGCCCACCAUGGUGUAUCACUCCAACCUGCCCACCAAGGAGCGACUGACUCCCAGAGAGACGCCCCGGCGCGUCAUCAACGCCAUCAACGUCAACCACGAGUUUGACCUGCUGCACGUACGCUUUCACGAACUGGCGCAGGCGGUGGACCUCUUCCUCGUAUGCGAGUCCAACUUCACCGCCUACGGGGAAAAAAGACCUCUCAGUUUUCUGCGUCUGCUCCUGAACGGUACGUACGACUACGUGCGCCACAAGAUCCUGUACGUGUUCCUGGACCACUUCCCCGAGGGGGGCCGGCAGGACGGCUGGAUCGCGGACGACUACCUUCGCACAUUCCUGACGCGCAACGGGAUGUCGCGGGUGCUGGGGGCCCGGCCCGAUGACGUCUUCGUCAUCAACGACGCCGACGAGAUCCCGGCUCACGAGGGCCUCCUCUUCCUCAAAUUGUUUGAUGGCUGGACGGAGCCCUUCGCCAUUCACAUGCGCAAGUCUCUGUACGGCUUCUUCUGGAAGCAGCUGGGCUCCCUAGAGGUGGUGUCGGGCUGCACGACGGGGAUGCUGCGCGAAGUCUACGACGGCGACGGCAUCAAGCUGCGCCGCCGCGAGUACUACACCAUGCCGGGUUUCCGCAAGUACGAGAACGACACGGGCCACAUCCUGGUGCAGUGGUCCCUGGGCAGCCCCUUCCACUUCGCCGGCUGGCACUGCUCGUGGUGCUUCUCGCCCGAGGGCAUCCUCUUCAAGCUGGUGUCGGCUCAGAACGGCGAUUUCCCCCGCUGGGGCGACUACGAGGACAAACGCGACCUGGGUUAUAUCCGCCAGCUGAUCCGGAGCGGCGGCUGGUUCGACGGCUCCCUGCAGGAGUACCCGCCCGUGGACCCCAAAGAGCACAUGUACGCCCCCAAGUACAUGCUGGACCACUACUCGCGAUACCGCUACCUCCUGGAAAACCCGUACGCCGGACAGCGUUGACUGGAGCGCGCAGCCUGGACGCAACCACUGGAUUUACGCAAGCGCUUGUCCCCCCCCAACCCCCCCCGCCGUGACCGCUCACCGCCUCUCUUUUGUGUAUGUCUGUAUGUGCGGCGUAUCGAAGUUGACGUCUUCCUGUCGCGUUUGGAGACUUCCCACACAGACACACGCACACACCCUGCUGAAAGAUGACGCACACUCAUCCCACAUGGACUUUCCUUCUUAUGUGCUGAUGCGCGCGUUUAAAAGGGAGAUUUCGCUGUUACUUUUCCCCCAUGAGAAUUGCAGGUGUGCGCGUGUGUCUGUGUGAACUACUUUUUGUGUGUUUGACCCAUCAGUCGGGAGUAUGUGCACACACGUGCGUAUGCGUGUGUGUUUGAGAUGGAUGUGUGUGUACAUGUCUUGAGUUUGUUUCGUGGUGAUUGGGUUCCUUUUGCCAUAUGAGAAUUGCCGGUGUGUGUGUGUGUGUGUGUGUGUGUGUGUGUGUGUGUGUGUGUGUGUGUGUGUGAAGUAGGCAAGACGACUUUUGUCUCCUUGGAAACUAACGUGUAACGGGAAGAUGAGUGGGCAGUUUCUUUUGUGAGCGCGUGCGCUGGAGUUGUUGAUAUCGGGUCACGGCUGAUUGCAUCGUCUUUUGCCUCUUCACAUCAACAUUAGUCAUUCAGUUUCAACUUGUAUAAGUUGUUAGUCACAGUCUCAUUGUACACACACCGGUGGACACACAAAACACACUAAAAGACACCCUAACAGAAAAAAAUUCACACACACACACACACACACAUAUAGGCACUAAAAAGCACAACUAGACACUGGUGGAUGCGCACUCCCUUACAGUGCCUCUAUGGCAGGGACAGCACAGAACAGGACAGCCGUUAGUUACCAUGACGACAGAAGACAGGAAAGGACAGUGGUUACCCUGGCAACAGAAAACAGGACCUUGGUUACCAUGGUGACAGAAGGCAGGCUAGUACGGUGAUUCGUUACCCUGGCAACAAAAGACAGGUCAAGAUAGUGGCGACCAUGGUGAUGAAAGACCGCACUGGAUGGUGGUUAGUUACCAUGACAACGGGAGAUGCAGCAGGGCCGUGGUGACUGUUGACAGAAGACAAGAUUAUUAUUUCAGAUGAGGACAGAAGACAGGACAGGACGUUACGUGAGUUACCAUGGUGACCAAAGGCGGGUCAGGACAGCGCAGGACAGUGGUCAGUCACCAUGGUGGCAGGUGAAAGGUCAGUGGUUACUCACCAUGAUGGCAGAAGACAAUGCUUUAGUUAUUUUGGCAUCCCAUUCGUCAGUAUUUGGAAAGUAUGACAUUUAUCACAAAGGGAAUGCCUCGGUCGCCGCGGAAACGCAAACAUGCCAAUAAAGCCGGCCCCCAAGGCUUUUGGCCGCGCAAGCUGCAAUCAAGCCGUAACAUCUGCGCGUUAGCGUAGCACGCGUGGUGUGCCGAUGACCCGCGUGGUCUCGUGUGGCCUACCGCCGUCACCGCAGCGACGGCGCUGUCCAUGAAUUCCCAGCAUGCCGAUGACGUGACGUCAUCAUGUUAGCGUUUAGCUUUUGAGGGAAAAAAAAAUUCCAAUAAAAUGCUAACGUCAUUUCAUCUGAAAUAGUUAAGUAAUUCAAUUUAACUUCCAUUAGAUAUGAAGUUAAAAUUACGAUUACAUUAAAAUAAACGUUUUUAAAAAAUGAAUGAAUGAAAAUCACAAAAUAUGAAGCUUUGACUGUUGCCUUCUUAAAACCUUUCUAUUCAACCGAAACUUUUACAUUUAAUUUAAGAUAAAGCUUUAAAAUAAUUUCAAAGAAUAUUCAAAAAGAAAAUAAAUGUGAAAUUAAAUUAUUUCAACAUUUAGUUCCAUUAAAUCGAAAAUGGUUUGAUGAUCAUUGAUUUAAAUUGGGACAAUAUUGAAACCGUGUUUUUCUUUCUUCCUUUUUUAAUUUAAAUUAAAGAUGACAGCUGGGAUAUUCUCCAGCACUCCCGCGACCCUUGUGUGGAUAAGCAGAUCAGAAAAUAAAAGGAUGGUUGGACGUUAUCCAGUUAGGAAACAAAUGUACUGUUAAACAAAAUUGUAUUUUAAAAAUGAAGACAUUUUGAGUCAUUCAAAAACGCAUGAACUUGCAUCACCUGACACUGAGCGACUGGUUCGAGCGUCUGCCUCACAGUUCUGAGGACCGGGGUUCAAAUCCUGGACCCACCUGUGUGGAAUUUUCGUGUUCUCCCCGUGGUUGUGUGGGUUUUCUCCAGGUCCUCUGGUUUCCUCCCAUGUUCCAAAAAUGUGCACAGUCGGUCGAAUGAAGCAACACUAGUGAGGAUAAGCGGCUGAGAAAAUGGAUGGAUCGGUGGAAUUUUUAACAACUGUCACAAUACGUCAUAAAUUCACGUGACUUUUGUUUACAUGGCCAUAUUGCCGGUCAAGCUAAGCAUUGCUCAAUGCUAAGUCGGUUGGAGAUGACACAGAAAUUUGUCUUGUAGCACGACGCCCAGAGUCCUGUCCGAUACUGUCAGACAUUUAGAAGGUGAAAAUAAACGACGGUACAUGGAAAAAUUAGAUGAACUCGGCAUAGAGGACCUGUAUUUAAUGCCAAAGUUGAUGUUUUCCCCGGUAAGAAAUUGGACUGUUAAUUCGCUUCCGCUUGUCUCGGACAAACUGGAUGUACACGUGGAUCUGGUGACUAAGUCGUCGAGAUUUACACGGAAAAGUUUGAAAGCAUAGAAAAGUCUGGACGCAUACAAAUACUUCGUUGUUGGAUCUGUUCUCAAUCAGGAGUAAAUCCCACACAGUGACGGUUUUGAUGGCUCGUGAACGCGGAAGUGUGUUCGGCCAAACGUUAUCCUUUGCCGGAAUCCAUUAAUCUUUUCAGCGAGUAUUCAAUACAAAUACCAAUAUUUUAAUAAAUGACCCCUGGUUUUACACAAACUCGCAUUCAUUAACUAUGAUUGAAAAAAUAACAGGAUGGAGUCGUCUCCUUGGAACAUACACGGAAGCGAUUGCAGACAAACAGUUUUUUUUGAACACGCAUUGUUCUCAAAUGAGCCAACUUAUAAAUACUUUUUGGGAAUUUGAGAAUGAGAAGAAUAAUUCCUCCCUGAAAUCAAGCGAUAGCUACACAGGUGUGUGAGUAUUUUUGUUUGGCGCCAUCCAUCACGUUUAAUUGCCGAAGUCUGUCGAUCUUUUCUGGUCUUUUCAGAUGGUAUGGUAUGGUAUUAUUUAUUGUAAAUAUUCUCCUUCGGUUCAUUGUCGAGCAGCUCUGUUUGACGGACGAUAUGGCGCCGUGAAAAUGGUGACGUCACGUGCACGACCUCGAUAUCAAAAAAGGACCAGUUUGCGAAAAUUGUUUCCUUUACUUGUCCGUGUUCCCGUCUCUUGGAGUCUUCUUGUUUGUGGAAUUUGUCUUGUUUUUUUUCCUCCUUGUUUUCCAAAAACAUCGAAAAAUGAUGACGGCAACAAUAACGAUUGAAAAUUCUUUUCGUCGUAAAGUGUCCAAACACAAAAAGCCAAAGAAAAAAUCGGUUCGCUCUCUCUUUGAGGCUUCGUUUAUUUAUUUAUCUCGGCUGCCAAACGGGAAAUCAAUCAAAGCGCUAAAAGCGCAAAACGAGGUUGCGAGAAUCGAGUGAUGCUAAUGGAGUUAAACUGUUUUGCAAGCCGGCGUCACAAUCAAUAGGUUGCAGCUCUCAAUCACGGGCUUUGCGGUUGAGAUUGUUUUAAAGUCCGUUAACCCUUUCGCCGUCUGUACGCCGUUGUGUCUUUUCCACGUUCUUUAAGCCUCAAAUUGACACAAAAAAAGUGUGUGUGUGCCUGCAAUUCUCAUGUGCUAUCCCUCCAAUCCAUCUUUUUUUUUCUAAACAAUCCUAUUGUCAAAGAUUUCUCUUGACGACCGUCUUUAGUGACUUUUUAUUAAGGUGGCGUGAUCGUCAGUUUCCGUGGCAACCAACAGAUGGAGGCGGGGGUCAGAGGGGAAAAAAAUGGAGCGUGGGAGGGAAGAAAUUCCACACAAUCAUUGAUUUAUUUUUUUGCACUUUUUAUUUUUAUUUUCGAACAUUGAUUAAAUGUUCGCUUAAGACGGAAAACACAGAGAGAGAGAGAGAGUGUGUUUGUGUCUGUUUCUAUUUAAAUUUUUGGUGACAAGGCAUCUACUUGGCAGCUUCAUAUUUAAUAUCUUUCUUAGGUGGCGUGUAUUGUGUGUGCGUGUGGACGUGCCCUCACACAUCUUUUACCUCCCCCAAGGCACUAAACUCGGCGCAACCAAUCGCUGAAGCGCUCUGUGAUUGUUGCGGAUGACAUCACUUCCUGUGCUUGGGGGUCUCCAAACCUGUUUUGUGUUGUUUUCUGACGCAUUUUAACGGUGAGUGAAUGCACCUUACUGAUUUGUGUUGUCGUUGUGUAACACACUUGAUGAUAAUAUUGGGUUGUUAACAGGGUUUUUUUUUUUUUAAUCCCCGCUAUGUUUGUGUUGCUGAAGCAAAUCGUGUUGAAGCCAAAAAGUGGUAGCAUAAAAACAACACACACGCACACGACGCUGACAGUAGCCCCUUUCACAAUUUGUGUCGAAGCUUGACCCGCAAAUUUGACAGAUUGUGUGGUGUAUGUGUCUUGAAUUUUAAUGACACACAGAAUCCACCGUGGAACUUGACAAAAAAGUCAGAUUUUUUUUAUGGUUGCCGUUAGUUAUGUGUGAAGCGGUACGGUGGGGCAGCUGGCCUCUCAUUUCUGAGGACCAGGGUUCAAUCCCGCCCCUCCCUGUGUGGAAUUUGUAUGUUCUCCCCGUGCCUGUGUGGGUUUUCUCCGGGCACUCCGGUUUCCUCCCACACCCCAAAAAGACGCAUCAUUAAUUGGACACUAAAUUGCCCCUAGGUGUGAUUGUGAGUGUGACUGUUUGUCUCGAUGUGCCCUGCGAUUUAGUUCACGGUGUACCCCGCUUCCUGCCGAUGACCGUUGUGAGGAUAGGCGGCUCAUAAAAUGGAUGGAUGGAUGGAUGGAUGGAUGGAUGUUAUGUGUGAAAUGUAGUAAAGCAAUAUUGUUGGUAGCUGUCGACCCACAAAUUUGCGGCGAUGCGAUAGAGUUGCACUAGCGUUAGUAUGGCACUAGCGUUAAACUCUUUCUGUGUACCGAUGCUUAUAACCAGGUGAGCUAACACUAGACCUGCGCUAACGCUAGCGCCGGAUCACCGCAUAAACUACAGGGUUGAAAGUGUGCUAAAAAAGUUGCGGCCUGUUGGCCGGAAAUUACGGUAUCUUUCCCCAACUUUACACGAAGGGAUGUCCGCGUGAGAGGCAACAAUAUGGAAUCACCAUUAUCAGUCGAACUGCAAAUUUUGCAAGGUUACCUUUGGGUUGUGGGCAGCACGGUGGAUCAGCUGGUAAAGCAUUGGCCUCACAGUUCUAAGGUCCUGGGUUCAAUCCCGGUCCCGCCUGUGUGAAGUUUGCAUGUUUUCCCUGUGCCUGCGUUGGUUUUCUCCAGGCACUCUGGUUUCCUCCCACAUCCCAAAAACAUGCAACAUUAAUUGGACACUCUAAAUUGCCCCUAGGUGUGAUUGUGAGUGUGGCUGUUUGUCUCUAUGUGCCCUGUGAUUGGCAACCAGUUCAGAGUGUACCCCGCCUCCUGCCUGUUGACGGCUGGGAUAGACUCCAGCACUCCCCGUGACCCUGAUGAGGAUAAGCGGUGAAGAAAAUGGAUUGAUGGAUGGCUGGAUAAAUUUCGGCAGUGUAAUAUGCAGUAGCGUGGUAGGGGUGCUAGAAGUCGACCAUGGCUUCCAGGGAAGUAACAAAGCCGAAUGCGGGAUGCCCUGUCACCGUGAAAGCGCACACAGUUGCCUCAGAAUUCCACCUUUGCAGGGUUCUGCGUGAAAGCCGCUAUAUUCUAUAUAUUCUAUAUCUUUUGUCACGGCUGUCGUGGUCAGUAUGCGGGCUCUGUGUGUGAAAUGUGUGAUUAAAAAUCAACUUCACACUGCCUGCGGCCUGCAGUUUAUCUACCGAGUCACAUCCUGUUUUGCUUGGUUCUGUGUGGAAGGCUGCGAUACAACAAUUUGUGCGGAAAACUCUGCGUGAAAGGGGCUAUUGUUAGUUUGUCGCUGUCCAGUGAAAAGGUCCACACAUUGCUGGCUUUAUUUUGAAAGCACAUGCAAAAAAGAUGUGCGAAAAUUAUUUCUUUCUAUGGGAUUACAUCAUGUGAAGCCCUCCGUCCCUGCACUGAUUGUACAAGCUCACAUAGUUUUAUUUUUUUAUGACUUUUAAUUUUUCUCGUCUUUUUUAUUUUGGUGGAGCGUGUGUGUGUCUGCGUGUGUGUGUGUGUGUGGUCCAGUGGCUCUCGGAGUUCCAAGAGGAGGACCUGUUGGAGGGGAAAGCCCCCACCCCAACCACAAAAAAAAAAAAAAAAAAGUGGUCGAGGAAAAGAUACUUUUAACAAAUAAGUCUCUGUUGUGAUGGGGAAAAAAAAAUUAUUGUGAAGAAGAAAAUGAACAUUUGGAAGUGAGCUCAACCCGUUUGUUCAUAUGAGUGGAUGUAUGCUAACCAUCAUUGACCACAAAAGUUCUAUCACAAAGAUAUAAUAAAUUAAUUAAAAAUUUUGAA